AAAAAAAAAAAAAGAAAAUCAAAUCAAAUAAAUUGUAUAAAGGAAAAAAAAAAAAAAUGAGUUUAUUUCCAACAAAAUUAUUACGUAUCAUAAGUAAUAUGAAUACCUUGACAGUUGCGUUACCAUUUAGUUCAGCCAACGAAGCAUCAAAAAGUGCAUGCAGUUUUCAACAGUCACGAAAAAACUCGACCACAACAACGGAAACAACAUGCCCUCAUCUCACUUUAGAUACUGCAUCAGCAACCGGAACAGCGACAACAAAUCCAUUAAGCUCUGUCGCAGAAUGGGCAAUAGCUUUACCGUAUAACGAAAUUCCUGGUCCAAAACCUAUACCUAUUUUAGGUAAUACGUGGAGGUUGAUGCCAAUUAUUGGUCAAUAUACUAUAAGUGAUGUAGCCAGAAUUUCCUUCGAACUGCAUCGGCAAUAUGGAAGAAUUGUACGUUUUAGUGGCUUAAUUGGAAGACCGGAUUUAUUAUUCAUAUUUGAUGCCGAUGAAAUUGAAAAUUGUUACCGCAAUGAGGGGCCUACUCCGUUUCGACCGUCAAUGCCGAGUUUGGUGAAAUAUAAAAGCGUUGUACGUAAGGAUUUCUUUGGCGAUUUGGGUGGAGUGGUGGGAGUACAUGGAGAAGCUUGGCGAGAAUUUCGUUCGAAGGUGCAAAGACCCAUUUUACAAUUAUCUACAAUAAGGCGUUAUUUACAGCCUUUAGAAGUGAUAACCGAAGACUUUUUAAAACGUUGUGUAGUUCUAUUGGACGAGAACAAUGAGUUGCCUGAAGAUUUUGAUAAUGAAAUACAUAAGUGGUCAUUGGAAUGCAUUGGUCGAGUCGCUUUGGAUACACGUUUAGGCUGUUUAUCUCCGAAUUUACCUCCGGACUCUGAACCACAACAGAUUAUUGACGCCGCUAAAUUCGCUUUACGUAAUGUGGCCACUUUGGAAUUAAAGGCGCCAUAUUGGCGUUACUUUCCAACGCCCAUGUGGACUCGAUACGUUAAGAAUAUGAAUUACUUCGUCGAAAUUUGUCUAAAAUAUAUAAAGAAUACCACGGUGCGUUUGAAAACUGAAGGUCCAAGUAAAAAUGGAGAAACAUCUCUUUUGGAGAAAGUAAUAGUAACGCAAGGAAACGAAAAGAUAGCUACCAUUAUGGCUUUAGAUUUGAUUUUGGUUGGCAUUGAUACGAUAUCCAUGGCUGUUUGUUCUAUACUCUAUCAAUUAGCUACACGUCCCGAAGAGCAACAUAAAAUACAUAAAGAAUUAAAACGGUUAUUGCCAGAACCCUUUACUCCGUUAACAAUAAAUUUAUUAGAUCAAAUGCAUUAUCUAAAAGGUUUCAUUAAGGAAGUUCUCCGCAUGUAUAGCACAGUAAUAGGUAAUGGUCGUACCUUACAGCAGGAUACUGUCAUAUGUGGUUAUCGUGUCCCGAAGGGUGUCCAAGCUGUGUUUCCUACCUUGGUGACCGGUAAUAUGGAGCAGUAUGUCACCGAAGCUCAUAUAUUUCGACCCGAGAGAUGGCUUAAGCCUCAUCAAGGCGGGUUUGAAGGCAAUCUACAUCCUUUCGCCUCUCUGCCAUACGGCUAUGGAGCGCGUAUGUGCCUCGGACGUCGCCUAGCCGAUUUAGAGAUGCAAAUAUUAUUGGCUAAGCUUUUACGAAAUUAUAAAUUGGAAUAUAACUAUCCCGCCUUGGAUUAUUCGGUCACAUUUAUGUAUGCUCCCGACGGACCACUAAAGUUUAAAAUGACAAGAAUUUAAAUUUAAAUAGUUUAUGUCCA